AGUAUUUUCAUUCCAAGUAAGGUUGUUAAACACGAUACCAUUAUGAAAAUACCAAAUGGCCCAUGCUGUUGUAACCAAUGUUUUUGUACCCGACCCGGUGGCUGACCCGUUUUGGCCACCGGGUCUGGUUCAACCGGUUGAACCGGUUCACCCGAUCGGUCCAACCGGUCAACCUAAAAUCACACUUUUUUCAGUUUUUGACGAUAUGUUCGAUGAGCUGUUGCAGAUUCUGAUUUCUGCUGCUGCUUCUGCUCAGUGGAGGCAGGAAAAGAAGAGGAGCGGUGGAGGAGAUGAGGCAGAUGAGAACGCCAUGAUCGACGGAGGAGAUGAGGAGGAGGUGCUCGGCGGAGGAGAUGAAGCAAAUGAAGAUGCCGUGAUUGACGGAGGAGAUGAAGCAGAUGAGGAUGAUCUGUUGAUUUUGUUCUGUUUUACUGUGUUGCUCGGUAGAGGAGAUGAGUGAUGAGGACGAUCGGCUGGACGCUGAGUUGUGUUGCCGCCGAUGGAGGUGGCUGAGAUCUGGAGCUCGUCGAUGCUCGCUUCCUGAUCCUUAUCUACUCCAAUCGAUUGCAUGGAAGAAUCCCAUGCAAUUGUCGUAGGCUGGUCGGAGGCCCCAACGGAGCUCCGAAGAGAGCUUCUGAACGAGAUCCGCCAUUUGAUUCAUGUGGUCGUCAAGAGUCGGUUGGGCAGCUUUGUUGCUUCUGUUCAGCAGAGGAGAUGACUAGAUGAGGCUGUGACUGGUGGUGAGAUCUUGACGGAAGUGGAGCAGGGAGAUCAGGCCGCUUUGCCGGAGGUGAUGAGUUGGUGA